AUGAAGCGUAGACGAAAAAAGAAAUUAGUUUCAGUAACCAAUAAUUCUGAUCUUCCGGAGGCAAUAAUAGAACAAAUCUUGAGUUGUUUGCCAGUUAAAGCAUUGUUGAGAUUCAAAAGUGUAAGCAAAGAUUGGAAUUCCAUAAUUCUUGAUCAUCACUUUAUUUUCCUUCAUUCUGAAAAUUCAUCCUUGUUGAUUUACAACAAGUCUGAAAAUGAUGAAUUUGUCGUCUUAGAUGGAUGCAAAGGAUUACUUUUGGAGCAAAGUAUAGUUAAUAAUAAUAAUAAUUCGAGACUAUAUCGUAUAAGGAAUCCUGAAAUUGGCCAACUUGUUCAACUUCCCAACCCACAAAACAAUCCUAGUUUGCUCAUGACCCUUGAUUUUCUCCCAUCUAAGCAAGUUUUCAAGAUUCUUUCCAUUUAUAAAGACGAAAAUUCUCGAAAUUUGGGUUGUGAAAUUCUCACCAUUGGGAAUGAAAGUAGUUGUUUGUGGAGACUCCUGGAAUUACCAACCUGUCAAAACGUGGAGAAUGUGACAAAUUGUCACGUUUUUGUUACAUCUGAAGUUUCUUAUUGCAUUUGGGGAAUAAUCAACCAAACCGCUGCUAUAAAGAUUGAUAUAUUGGACAUGGAGAACGAGAUCUACAUUACUACUGCAACUUUACCUAGAGGUAAUUUUACUUCAAAAUUGGGCUUUGAUAAUUAUAUAGAAUGGAACGAAAAGGUCUCGUUUGGUAAAAUAGUAAACGAUGAGCUUCAUGUCUUGGUGUUAGACGAUUAUAAAACGAAUAAAUGGAUUGAAGAAAAACGGACCGUCAAGAUGAAAAACUUGAAAGAGGAAGAUGAACCAAUUGAAAUUCUCUCUGUCAAUGAUCUCGAGUUGUACUUUUUAUUACCAGAAAAGAAAAGUUUCUAUCGGUAUAAUUUUACUUCGGGGAAGGUAGAUAUUGUGUUGUCAGAUUACGACGAUUCUAAAGUUUUAGCUGUCUUUCAUUCUUCUUUGUAUACUUUAAAUGGAAUGCACUCUAUCUAA